GGGUUGUUUUUGUUACUGGGAGUCAUGAGAGAUUAAUGCAGGGAUUUUUAAUACGUAACUAAAUUCCAAACAAUCAAGAAUGGCUGUGAUGUUGUGGAAGUGGGAGAAGAAUAAUCAAAAGAUAAAGAAGAUUUAUUCCGACUGGGCUAACUUUUAUCUGGAGCGAGCUGGUCAUCAGAAUUUCAUCAGUGACCUUCAAGUUGAUGUGUGUAAUGGGGUACUCCUGGCACGUGUCAUUGAAGCAGUCAUUGGUGAGAAACUUACUGUGAAUUCCUAUCCUAAGACUGCAUCGCAAAUGAUCGAUAACAUCGAGCAAUGUCUUUACUGUCUCACUGUCAAAGGUGUAAACACACAAGGAUUGUUAGCUAAAGAUAUUAAAGACGGAAAUUUGAAAUCUAUUCUUGGACUUUUUUUUGCACUAUCACGCUUUAAGCAACUGCAACAGAAGACACUUCAGGAGAAGAAGGAAAAUAGUGAAGGAGGUAAGAAUUCCAACCAUCGACAGGCACAAACACAGCCAUCCAAGCCAACAGUGCCACCUAGAGUUUCUUCAGUUUCUACACAACAAAGAGCAUCUAUCCCUCCUAUUCAGCCACCAAAAGCAAUCCCAGGUUCGCACGCAGCAUCACGGAAACAGACACCUGACAAGUCGUCUCACCCACGGGUGACUGUAACCACUGCACCUUCACAGACAUCUCGUGCUUUAUCCCAACAUCCUAAAGUGACGGUGCUGCCUUCCCAUCAUCAGCAAACGGAGAAAGAGAAAAUAAUAGAUGUAAAGCAUCCAAACCAGGUGUCAUUAUCAUUAUCAUCAUCCAGUGGGAGACGUGCCACAACUGGAAAGACAAGAUCUCCGACUGGAAGGUCGCAUGUCAAAGUAUCUGCACAAAUUCGGAUUGCGCCAACAGUUAGUUCAGUUUCACAAGCUUCAACAAAUUUAAAAUCAUCCACAGACAUGGCUUCCAAAAUUCCAACUCCAAAAAGCGCAAAAUCAUCUCAGGGGUCGAAGAUUGUUCCACCUUCAACAAACAUCCGUCAGAUGGGCAAGGUUGUUCGAUCCACACCACAACCACAGGCACAUUCUCAAGGAGAUGAUGAAGAUACCGGAAAACUUGUUGAGAAUGGCUCAAAUAUAAAACCACCUGUGAACAUCAAUACUAUUCCUUCAAAGAAAAUUCCAAAUCCACGUAGCCCAACACCAACAAGUCGGAUUGUUGUAAAUAAGGUACCUGCAGCAAUGCAGCAGCAACAGCAACAGCAGAAUGCAAAGCACAAUAACAGCAAGAACUCAAUGUUAACAAAACUGAAAUUUUUUGCCAAAGAAAAUGCAGGAAAUAAAGAUAAAAAUCACGCAAAAGAGAAAAUAGAUUCCAUUCCAAAAACACCACCUAGUAAAUUAAAAACAAAGGAUACAAAAGGGAAAGCAAGUGUGAAAGACAAGUGUGGCCGAGAGAUUCCACAACGGAAGGUGAACAGUCAAAGUAAAGGUGGAUUUAAGACAAAGUCUGAAAGCAAUUCAAGUAUUGGAACCACAGGGAGCAAUACUUCUUCUAGUAGUGCAAUGAACAGUCCAACGUCAUCAGCAGGCCCAAUACCUGGAUCUGGAAUUCAGAAGAAAACUGGUCAGAAAACAAUACCUCGUCCAGUGACUGGACAUAAGGCUAGAGACUCUCCAGCUUCCCAGAAACGAGAACUGGAAAAGCCAACUGUAGGAAGAAAGGCAGAUUCUAGAAGAAGCUCCAAUAGCUCUGCUUUUUCUGAUGAGUCAUAUGACACUAAGAGUUCUAUUAGUAGUCCUCAGACAAGGGUGAAAAAGUCCAGUUCAAGAUUGCCCUCUCCUGGCCAACGGACCACCAGUGCUGGUGGUAAAAAAUUAUUGCUUAUUAAGCCAAAAACCAACACAAGUGCAAGCUCUCAGGGAAGUUCUGUUCCCAGUCAGGGUAGAGGUAUUCCAAGACCUGCUGGGAGUGGGAUAAAAACAGGCUUAAAACCACCAGUUAACUAUCAGACAUUGCCCAAGAAAACAACAGUAACACCUGCCAAAGUUGCUCAUGAGCAACCAGUAGAAGGUAAAGAGGAGGAAGAAUCUGUUACCAGAAUACCAAGCAGAGGUGGUGUAUACAGUACUUUUCCUGGCCCACAAAAACCUAGGAUGCAAGUUAAAGACAUGAGUAUGAAAGAAACUGAUGAUGAUGCCAAUAAAUCUAAUGAUGUUCAAGUACAUCGAAUAGCACCAAAAUCUGAUAUUGCCCCAGGUAGCUAUUCCUCUCUUCCAAGGGUCACAGGACCAUCAACCUCCUAUCCAGGUUCUCCUACACCAGGAUCCUGCCAUUCCCCCAGUCGUGGUGUACUUGAACGCAAGCCCUCUUGUCAGAAUACUGCAACAGUUGCUCCUUUUAACUACACUGGUAGUCGUCCAUCUUCUAAGGAAUUUAGUGAGAUUGGCAUGCACUCGCCACAUACUCCUGAGUCAACUCCAGGUACACCAUGCAACAUCAGUGUUUCUUCUGGCACUUCGGAGAGCAGCGUGAUUUUCAGACCAUUGUCUGAUAGUGAAGAGGUAUGUACCACCUACACCAAUGAUAAAGCUGUGACCACCUUUGGCACCCCAAAAGCUCAGAGGUCACAGAAAAUCAUGGCAGGAUGUCAAACUGCUGGGGAGAAUCUUGAGAUGACUGUCAUGAAUGUCACUGCUGAGACCAGCAUUGGAUCUCAGAGCACAAUGGAGACAACAUUUGAUGACAAUGUUAUAACACGUCUUACAAGUUCCCCAUCAAAGAACCAAAAGUCUGCUCAGAGUUCACCGCAAAUAACUAAAGGAACUGCACAUGGUGGGAUCAAGUCCUCUAUUUCACCUCUGCUUACAGACAUGAAUCUUCUUAACACAUCGUCUGUUCUCACACAAACCGAUACCAUGUCGGCGUACAUCAACAAUACAUACCCAUUCCGAUCAAAUGUGAACAGAUUCAUUCCAGCAUCAUCCCUGAGUAAACUGGUUUCUUCGCCAAUUCGUAGAACCAUCUCAAAUCGGUCACACUUAAGUGAUUUACAGUUCUCGGAACAGGCCAUUCUUGAUGAAUGUGAUGAUGUCAUCAAUGAGGACAUUGCAUCAGGCUACAUGAGUGAGGGUGACAUACUGCAACCAAGCCAACAACUUGAUAUGACCAGUGGUUACAUGAGUGAAGGAGGUGGAAUGAUGUACACUAAACGACUUCUCAUGAGUACUAAUCCUUAUCAAGAUGGCAUGACAGCUGUCAGAGAAUGUCUGGGACAAGAUCUGGAUCUCAGUGACAAUGAUAGUAUUGGAGAUAGCAGUUCCAUUAGCAGUGGCAUUAGUGACACUAUUGCCGACAUCAGCACAGACGAAAAUUUCUUUUCCUCUCCAACACAUCGUAGAUCUAGAAGGGAUACUAAAGAUACAGGGGUAAAAACUGCCGGACAAGGGUUAGCAGCUAGACAUAAGGAGGUAAACAACAACGAGGACAAGGAUAUUACGGUUACUAAACGCCAGUCAGAUAGUGGAAACAUAUGGCGUAAACCUGAGGGUCGUUUCCAUGGUCCAAGAUCACCAUCUGAGUCUGGAGAUUCUGAAGAUUUUACCUUUGAUGAACGUGGUGGAAUGAUGAGAAGUUCAGCAAAGAACUCUGGAGUUAGACGAAAUCAAAAGUUGGGUGGUCAAAUGUGUGAAGCCAAUGGAACCAAACCACAACGUAUUAAAUCAAUCACUGAUAAAUUUGAAGAUGGAAAGAGCUCAAGUGAGAAGAGAUCUCAGCUUGCAAUGCGCCAACAUGCAGGAAUUGGUAAAGGUCAAAAUUUUGGCUAUGGUAGAAGAAAUGGUUCAAUGGCAGGAAGCAACAACAUUGGAAGUCGUCUUGCUGGUGUCUCAAAACCUCAACUUACAAAGCCAGGUCAAAGUGCCAUGAGAGAAGCUGAUGCAAAGAGUACAAGUGCUAUGAAAGCAAAGAUAACGAGUCCAAAUGCACAACAAACAAAGAGUUUCAUCAAACCUAAUGCGCCAACUGGUAGCCAGCUGGUAAACUCUAGUACUUGUAAAGGAAUGGAUAAAUCAAAUGGACACGUACCUGCAAUAUCCCCUGUGAAUGCUUCUAACAAUGCUAUAACUAAGUCAGACACAAGAGCUAGGUUAGUAUCAAGUCCAGCAGGACCAGUCACAUUAUCUAUAAGUGCUGUUGGGAAUCAGAAAAUCCAAACAACCAUAAAAAGCUCUGACAACAAUGUUCCAAGGAGUCACUCUGCACAGUAUGUCACCAAUGAUCAAAAGGAAGAUCCAAAAUCCACAAAUAGUCAUCUAACAGUUGCAUCCGACUCUGAGGCCAUGAUGCUGAAGAGUUCUAAACGCUCUCCUUCUAUCCUGAGCGUAUUCGGCCGAGGUAAAGCUAGUUCAGAAUCUGGACGUAGCUCAGGAAUUAACGGUCAGAGGGAAGAGGAUACCAUUAUUUCAAAUCCAUUUGCAUCCCUGAAUAUGUCUGAUAAAUACAUUGACCCCAUUAAUGAAAUGCACAUGCGAGCAGGAAUGCAUCGUGGCCAGCACCUACCAGGAACUGCGUAUAGCUCUACCCCUUAUUCCAGUAGUACACUUCCAAUUCGUGGACAAGCUGCCAAGAAGCAUCAGUCACGAGGUGGACAAAUGAACCUAAUGCUACGUAAUGGUGUGCUUGGCCCAGCUCCAGCCUUACAACAACACACUGAUUCUGGCAGCAUAGAGUCACUGGACUCCACCAACUCAAACCUUUCAAUAAUGAGCAAAGCAACCAGCGAAAGGUAUGGUCUAACUUCUGGAAUAUCUUCUCUAACUCGCAGUAAUAGUAUACGAUCAACACUCUCGGAAAAGAUUCUCUCUCGGCCAAUGACCUUAAAAGAACUUGACGAGUCUGUGUGGAAUCGAUCAAACAGCUUGGCAAAUGUGACUGAUGCUCCGUCAUCACCAACUGGUUCGACCAUCUCACAGCCAGCAAUGCCAUCACACUAUCCAUAUGGGCAACUAGGCAUGGUUAGUGCAUCAAUGGGUCGUUCAAGUAGUAUUAGCUCUUCAAGUGGUUUAGGCUUGAGACUACGCAAUGGUGUCAUGUCACUUGAAGAUCGCCAACGACAAACAUUGAGUGUUGGAUCAUACAACGACCCUUCUAACCCAACAGGGUCGUCAUUGUCUCUGUCGUCAUCCUCUUCAAUUUAUACGCCUGAAGAGAGAUCGCUCUUGGAAAUGCGACGAUUGAAACAUGAACUCGAACGUUCUCAAGACAAAGUCGGCAAUCUAACCUCCCAAGUUCAUACAAAUGCACACGUGGUGGCAGCUUUUGAGCAGAGUUUGUCUAGUAUGACAAAUCGUCUGCAAAAGUUAUCAACAACUUCAGAGCAGAAAGAGAGUGAACUUCAGGAGUUGCGAACCCGUAUUGAGCACCUUAAAGACCAGCAGUCCGACAGAGAGGGCACACUUAGAAGGCAUAGUUCUGCUUCCCGACACAACUCAACAUCUUCCAAUUUGUCACGACAGCAGUCGUCAGAAAGCAUUUCCAGUAUCGGAAGUCUUAAUAGCAUGUCAAGCGUUGGCUCUGCCAUGACAGAUACCGAAAUUGAUAAAAAGAAAAAGAAAAAAAAUUGGAUUCCUUCUCCUACAGGGGAAAAGCAGACAGAGUACCGCUGUAGUACUUUGCCUGCCAAAUUGCCAAAGGAUUUUUGUGUGCAGCCGUCUAGUGAAAAUACCAUAGACACAAAUCCAGACCUUAGUGGCAAGACUAAAGGACUUGGUCAAGCAUUGACAGAGAUCCGUAGUUCUUUCCGUUCUGCAUUCUCACGGAAGAAGAAGACAAGUGGUACCACAACUGACGUUGAGGACUACGAAGGUGCAACAACCGCUGUGAACAACAUGGGAAUGAAAACAUCAGCAUCAACGCCAGCGAUCUUCGAUCUGGAGCAGGCGAAUGAAACAAUUGAUCAACUAAAGAAACAACUGAGGGAACGGGAAAGUAAGUUAACUGAUGUGAAACUAGAAGCCCUCAAUUCACAACACCAGGUAGAACAGCUGAGAGACCAGAUGUCAAAGCUACGUAAUGAAGUAACUACACUCAAACAGGAGAAUGACCGGUUAGCACGCCAAAUGCAAGGUCGGCGUAACUUGAAUACAAGCCCUUCACAGGUUUCACUGAGCUCUGGAAGUUCGUCCACAAAACGUCUGAGCAGAGAAUCACUAGAUCGUCAAAGGCUCAGUUUUGCAUCAGAUCACAGUGGUAGUCUUGAUAUUCUUCUUGAUGAUAGCUCUACUACCAAUGGCCAAAGAAUAACAAUUGCAGUUGCAAGUGGUUCAUUUGAUGACACUAAACAUCCGGAGAAUAAUCAAGAUGGCACAAUAUUGAUAGGAAGUGUUGGCAUUAGUACUAAGACCAAUUGGGAUGCAUUAGACAGUGUGGUCAGAAGGAUCUUUAAGGAAUAUAUAUUGAGGAUAGAUCCUGCUACCAAUUUAGGCCUCAGUACUGAGAGUAUUCACAGCUACAUUGUUGGAGAGAUCACCAGGACCAAAGACUCUGAUCCCCCUAUGCUUCUACCUUGCGGUUACUUGGUUGGUGACAAUACAUCUAUAACCAUCCAACUCAAAGGUGUUAUGCAGAGCAGUCCAGAUUCGCUGGUUUUUGAGACACUCAUUCCAAAGCCCAUACUCCAGCGAUACAUCAGCCUACUGAUGGAGCACAGGCGGAUCAUUCUCUGUGGGCCUAGUGGCACUGGCAAGACAUUCCUUGCGCAGAAACUUGCUGCGCACAUAGUUCAAAGGUCUGGGAAAGAGGUGACAGAUAGCAGUAUUGCAGUGUAUAAUGUAGACCACAAGACCAGCAAAGAACUACGUCAAUACCUGACCAACUUAGCUGAACAGUGUGAAUCUGAUUCACCUGAUAUUGCCAAAGUCGUUAUACUUGAUAACUUGCAUCAUGUGACAUCAUUGAGUGAUGUCUUCAAUGGGUUCCUCAGCUACAAAUACCAACGUUGUCCAUACAUUAUUGGUACAAUGAGUCAAGCUAGCUGCUCAACUACCAACCUGCAACUUCACCAUAAUUUCAGGUGGGUGCUCUGUGCAAAUCACAUGGAACCUGUAAAGGGCUUCCUCGGCCGCUACCUCAGAAGGAAAUUGGUAGAGAAUGAAGUUGGCAAGAAUAUGCACAACAAUGAUCUCAUUCGGAUUCUUGAUUGGAUCCCAAAAGUCUGGAUACAUUUGAAUAAGUUUCUUGAGACACACAGCUCAUCCGACGUGACAAUUGGACCAAGGCUUUUCCUGUCCUGCCCGGUAGACAUCCCUGGAUCUCAAGUAUGGUUCACAGAUCUCUGGAAUUACUCAAUUGUCCCAUACUUGUUGGAGGCUGUCAGGGAAGGACUACAGCUGUAUGGUCGCAAAGCAUCAUGGGAUGAUCCCUCUGAGUGGGUUGUUGAUAGUUAUCCAUGGACUCCUAAUAGUAGUCAGGAAUGGCCAUCUUUAUUGCGUCUACGACCUGAAGAUGUUGGUUUUGAUGGGUAUAGAGAGCACAUUGGAACUAAAGGAUCCCAAGGAACUCAAAGUGAUGUUGAAGGUGACCCACUGUUGACUAUGUUAAUGCAACUGCAAGAAGCAGCUAACUAUUCCGGACCACAGAGCUGCGACAGUGACACAAGCAGCUUAAACAGUGUUGGUAUUAGCAAUGAACGACUUCAUGAUGUUGCCAUAGAAUCAGUUUUAUGAAGAUGAAAAUUCAAUUAUGAACAUGAUGCUGACAGCGGUAUAGAACUCUCAGCAUUGAUCAUCAACAUCGUCUAUACGCCCAUAUUCAACCGUUGGCCUACCGGCCAACUCCGGCCUGCCAAAGAUUUUCAUUCGACCAGCGCAACACUGCUUAAAAAUAAAUAAUUUUUCUGGCCGAUUUUAAGUACUUACUGUAAAAUUUAAAUAUGAAUAUAAUAUGAUUAUUUUCAACA